AAUGGGCUGUUAUAGAAUUGAAUGGAGAGAUUCCAACUGUAAUUCUAAAUCUGCAAUCGGCCAAGCAUUUGACCUAAUUGGUAGAGACAACUUCAAGCCUGAUCUCAUCGUUGGACCAUCCUGUUCACCAGGUAUGGAUCCGGUGUCUCAGCUUGGCUCUCACCUUAACAUACCGGUUUUUGGAUGGAUAUCGAGCGAUCCUUCACUGGAAGAUAAGGAAAAGCAUAACACCUUAGUCAGAUUGUUGGGUCCGCUAAGUGUUCUAGGAGAGGGAUUUAUACAAACUUUUAAUCUCUUCGGCUGGAAGAGGGCAUUCUUAAUUUCAACUAUAGGACCAGACCAUGGAGAAAUGGGUCGCGGUGUUAAAAACGCAUUUCAGAACAAGAAAAAGGACGGAUUUGUUAUAGCAAGAUGGGAACAGGAUGUCGAAGAGAAGGCUUCUUCAAGUGUAAUAAGCGACAUUUAUGAUAGAGUGAAAAGGGAAGCCAGGAUUGUUAUCUUGGCAAUACCCAAAGACGACCUUCGAUCUUGGAUGUUGGGAGCCUACGAUAAAGACAUGACUAGCGGAGAUUAUGUUUUCAUUUACGUCAACCAAGAAUUACCUUCAAAGCGAGUGUUGGCCGAUAUUCAAAGUACUAGUUUCUGGGAAAAAGACGAUGGAAGAGACUCAGCCGCGAGAGCCGCGUACGAAAAUCUUUUUAUUUUAUACACGAAAACCUUGAACUUUAAAGAAACUGAGAAAUUUGAAAGAGAAUUUGUAUCGGCAGCGAGUGGUGCAAGAUGGAGUAAAUUCAAUCCAACUACCCCUGAUAUCUAUUCGUUCUUCUUGCACGAUGCUAUUAUGGUUCACGCUAGAUUGGCAACUUUAGUUGGUACCGUUUCGAAUGGGAGAGAGAUAUUUGAAAGGGCCAAGAACUUCUACUAUCCAUCCGGAGCAACGGGAGACAUUAUGUUUGGUUCGUCGGCGGAUAGAAAUCCAGAUUUUUGGCUAUUCGAUUUGGAUUCAAAUGGAAAUUUUACAAUCAUAGCGCAAACUAUUACUACUCAGGGUGGAGGACAAAGACAGAUGGACAUUCUUAUAGAACCAAAAUGGGGUGAUGGUAAGAGAGGAGUAAACAACGCACCACCAGACGUACCAUCGUGCGGCUUCGAAGAUGAAAAUUGCAAAAGCUACUUAUCCAUAAUAAUACCAUCAGUUGUGGGGGGUGUUAUUCUGCUGGCUGCGAUAAUUGGUUUCUUAGUCUACAGACAAUUCCGCUAUGAAAGAGAAAUUGCAAGCAUGGUUUGGAAGUUGAAUUAUUCAGAUUUGCAUGUUUAUACAACUGGGCACAUUCCUGGAAGUCAGCUUAAUUUUCGAAGUUUGAGUACGAAUCUUAGAAAAUCAAGAGUUGGUUCGUCAUCGAUUGCCGAGACGAUUGCAGGCCAAAUAUUUAUUACAAUAGCAAAUUAUAAAGGCAAUCACGUGGCUAUUAAGAAUGUUAGGAAGAGUAGGAUAAAGAUAGAAAGAGAUCUAUUAUUAGAGAUGAAAAAUAUGAAUGAAUUAAAACAUGGCAAUUUAGCUCAUUUUGUAGGAGCUUGUAUAGAUUCUCCAAAUAUUUGUUCUGUUUGGGAAUAUUGUACAAAAGGAAGUUUACAGGACGUUAUUUAUAACGAGAACAUAUCUUUGGACGAUAUGUUUAAAUUUUCAAUUGUUAACGACGUUCUAAGGGGUCUCAUCUACCUUCACGAUUCUCCUAUUAAAUUUCAUGGUAGAUUAAAAAGUAGUAACGUCGUUAUCGAUGGUCGUUGGGCUUGUAAAUUAACAGAUUUUGGCCUUAGGAGAUUCUUAUACGGCGAAGAAGAAGAUCCCGAAAUAACUGAAGCCGCCAUAAAUGAAAAGAUUAUUCAAAAGCUUAAAGAGGGAACUGAUCCACCAUUUAGGCCUAAUUUGAACGAUUUUAAAAUAGAAUCGGAAAAGAACGGUCUUGUUGAUUUGAUUGAGAGUUGUUGGACUGAAAGACCAACAGAUAGGUCUAGCCUUUCUUAUAUACUAAAAACACUUGGAAAACUUAAUCCUAAUAAAAAGGCCAACGUUAUGGAUAAUAUGAUAGCUAUGAUGGAGAAGUAUUCCAAUCAUUUGGAGGAUUUAGUUGCAGAGAGGACAGUUCAGUUAGACGAGGAGAAAAAGAAAACGGAAUCAUUACUAUAUAGGAUGCUUCCACAGAGUGUCGCUGAUGAAUUGAAAGUCGGAAAGCCUAUACAAGCUGAAUCUUUUGACUCGGUGACAAUCUACUUUUCAGAUAUAGUCAGCUUUACAACUUUAGCUGCUGAAAGUACUCCUUUACAGGUUGUCGAUCUACUGAACGAUCUAUAUACGCUGUUCGAUGAGGCUAUAAGCCAGCACGAUGUAUAUAAAGUUGAAACUAUUGGCGACGCUUAUAUGUUAGUUUCCGGCCUACCUAAGAGGAAUAAAGAUGAACAUGCUGUCGAGAUUGCUGACUGCGCUAUGGAUUUAUUGAGUGGCGUUCUUAAAUUCAAGGUUCCCCAUAAGCCUGACUUUAAAUUACGAAUAAGAAUAGGACUACAUAGUGGGCCUGUUGUGGCCGGUGUAGUUGGAUUGACUAUGCCCAGAUAUUGUCUGUUCGGCGAUACAGUAAAUACAGCAUCCAGAAUGGAAAGUAAUGGACAAGCUUCAAGAAUUCACUUGAGUAACUCAUCCUAUCAAUGCCUAUCCAAAUUCUCCGGAUAUCGUUUGGCGGAUCGAGGAGAAAUAGAAGUUAAGGGAAAGGGUCUUAUGAGAACAUACUGGCUCUAUGGAAAAGAAAAUUAUGAUAAAGAAUUACCUGAUUUUUCAAAAUUAAGUGCAGACGAUUUACCAAGACCUGUAGCUUUACCAGUAACGCAAGGAAAGAUGAAAAAAGAUAGUGGAUUUGACGAAACGAUAACAAAUUGUUUCCAUCAACCAAAAGAGAAAGUUUCUAACGGUUUACCUCCUGUUGAGAAAUGA